GCCAAGUGUCUCUCAGAAUUUGACCCCAAUUCGAUCCGAUAUUCUGAAAACGACAACGUUAGCAUUUCGCCAUUUAGAACAGGAAAUAGUUUCCGUGCAAAAGCUUCGGUGGCUCUUCUCCCACCGCCGUAUGUUCUUCCAGCGCUCCGGACCGCCGUCUGGUCUGACUUUAAUUUGAGAUCUAUUCCGAUCCCUAACAGCUACUUCUGCAAGUUUCAACUUGGAAAGAAACAAUGGGAAUCAUUGAAAACGGAACUAUCUCGGGUAACUUGCCUAGCAAGGAGGCGUUUGUGGUUCACUAUCCUGGCUAUCCAUCAUCUAUUUCCCGAGCCGUGGAGACUCUCGGGGGAAUCCAAGGAAUCACAACCGCAAGAGAAUCAACGUCAAACAAGCUUGAGCUGCAUUUCCGCCCUGAAGACCCUUCUGCACAUCCUGCCUAUGGAGAACGACGUCAUUGUAAUGGUUUUCUGUUAAAAAUUUCGAAGGAGGAUGUUAAGAAAGAUUCUCUGCCUGAAAGUCAACCUGUUAUUUCCACUAGCGAUGCAUGCUUACCAGAAGUGCGCCCAGCUCUAUGUGCUGAUAUUGUAGCUCGUGUGUCUGAAUCGUAUUGCUUUGAUGGCAUGGUCGACUACCAGCAUGUAAUUCCUAUUCACGCUGAUAUUGCACAGCAGAAGAAGAGAAAAUGGAUGGAGGUGAAGUCGCUUGCAGGAAAAAAUGAUCUAAUGGACAUGGCUGAUGAAGAUGUAAUGAUGUUAUUGCCACAGUUCUUUUCACCCAAAGAUAGGCCAGACAACCUGGUGCUGAGACUUCCAGUAACAUCAAGCCCAAAAAAGAAAGAUGAGGAACUAACUCAGAAUCUUUAUGAGAUAGAUAUUGGCCCAGUAUUUGCAAUUGAUUUUAGUGUCAAAGAGAUCCCAAAGAUAUUAAAAUGGGAAGACUAUAUCGUUCCCACCUCCAACCAAUGGAAAUGGCAGGUAGCAGUGUCUGCAUUGUUUGAAGAGCGACCUGUGUGGACAAGAGAUUCCAUAGUCCAACGACUACUCGAUAAAGGUCUUACAUGCACACAUCAUAUGUUAAACAGGUUUCUUCUUAGGGCUGCAUAUUAUUUCUCGGGUGGUCCAUUUCUUAGGUUCUGGAUUAAAAGAGGCUAUGAUCCACGGAAAGAUCCUGAAUCUCGUGUAUUCCAGAGAAUGGAAUUCAGGGUUCCACCUGAAUUAAAGGGUUAUUGUGAUUCCAAUGCAACUAACAAGUCAAAGCCAAGCUGGGAUGACAUUUGUGCGUUUAAAGUAUUUCCUUUCAAAUGCCAAACAUUUCUACAGUUAUUUGAACUUGACGAUGAGUACAUUCAACAAGAGAUAAGAAAGCCUCCCAAGCAGACUACUUGUAAUUAUAAAACAGGAUGGUUCUCUGAAGCGCUGCUUGACAAUUUGAGACUCCGUGUAGCUGUGAGGUUUGUAUCUGUGUUUCCUGAGCCAGGUUUCGAAGACGUUUUUAAAUCUAUUCAAGAAGAGUUUGAGAGGUCUGAAAAGACACGUAUUCAGAAAGAUGCACUGCAACCAAGUCAACGGAAUCACCAGGAAACAACUAAAGAUAUGAAAAAGUGUAAAAACACAAACAAGGAGAAAGAUGAUGAUGUUAAUGCGGAUGAGGAUUCUGAAGACUUGGAUGAUGAAUACGAGGAGGCUGCAAAUGAUGAUGACAUAUCAAUAAGUUCUCAUGGAUGUAUCCUUCAAAGCAUAAACUUUCAUAACAUAAGCACCAAUUAGUCAUUAGUACAUGCAGAUUCUAGGGGAUUAGGAGAGAAUUUAGAGCUUGAUCUGGUUUGGUUUAAAGUUUUUCUUAAACAAUGAUAAGAUGGUGACAUGGAGAACAACUCCAGAACCUAUCUGCAAGGUUUGUUCAAUAGGUUUCCAAGCAGCGCAUCAGCUUUGUAUGGUAGUGCCAAUGAUGAUAAUGAUAGCGAUGGAGAGUAUCCGAUUUACGAGCAAGAAUCCAACGCUCUCGACGAUGACGAGGAGGAUGAUGAGUGAAGAAGUUUGAAUAUAACGUGUAUUUACAUUGUAAAUACGAAACUCGGUGUGUGUAGCUAAAUGUAAAGAGACUAGAUUUUAACCCCCGUAUACCGCGGGACGAUUUAUUUUUUAAAAGUAAUAUAAAUUAAAACUUGCAAAUUUUAUUUUUAUAAAAUAUUUAUAUUUUGCAA